ACAUACAAACAUCAUCAACUCAUCUUCUCCAACAGAGAAUACAAAAAAAAAAAAAAAGAGAUGACAAAAGUUCACCCAAAAUUCCCAAACACAUGCGACGAGAGCUUGUGUGAUAGUAAAGCAGCCGUGGUUUUAACAGUGUGGAAGAAGUCCCUUCUCUUCAACUGCGACGGAUUCACGGUUUACAACGCCAAUGGAGAGCUUGUCUUUAGGGUUGACAACUACAUGAAUUGUCCUAGAGACAACAUCGUACUUAUGGAUGCUUCCGGCUUUCCCCUCCUCUCCAUCCGCCGCAAGAAGUUGAGUCUUGGAGAUUGCUGGAUGGUAUACGAUGGAGAAACAGAGAGAGACCCAAUAUUGACGGCGAGAAAGAACGUUAACAUAAUAACAAACCGGAGGAGCUUGGCGUGGGUUAGCGCCAAGAAGACGGUGUUGUACGAGAUAGAAGGAUCGUACGGUCAAAGAAGCUGCAAAAUAUUGGAUGAGAGGAGGAACAAGAAGAAAACAGCGGAGAUCAAGAGAAAAGAGACGGUGAUCGGAGGAGUUGCCUUUGGAAAAGAUGUGUUUAAGCUUAUAGUUGAAUCAGAGAUGGAGCCUCGUGUGGCCAUGGCACUUACCAUCAUCCUCGACCAAAUGUUUAGAUCUUCUUGAUUUUCUUUUUUUUUUAAGGUAACCACUUUGUAGUACAGGAAGGUCUCUGCCCGUUUAUAUCCAAUCGUUCUCUAGGGAUACCAAACUUCUUUAUAUUAAUGCUUCUUCCAAAUCCCCAGGAUAACACUGAUGAGCCUGACCAUCACGUAGCGUUUUAGCAUCUACAUACUUGCGUGGAUUGACCUUUUGCAAAAGAUAUCUCUUACACAGCCGGUCAUACUUUUCUUCCCAACCAUGUAAUACACGGGAUGCACUUAC